AUGUAUUACAACCUUCUACUCCUGCUCUCUUUAGUUUCUGCAGCUCCGGCGAACAACCUAUUUGGCCGUGAUUUACAGCGGCAACGCGACGCUCCGUGGGGGCUCGCUCGACUAUCCCACAAGGAUUAUGUGUAUGAUAAGACUGCAAAUAAUCUCUACAGCGAUGAAAAUUCGUUUGUCUAUGAGUCUCGUACGGCCGCAACCCCUACGGUCUAUGUGCUCGAUACUGGCGUGCUUGUUCAGCAUCAAGAACUAGGGGGCAGAGCACGAUGGGGGAAUAACUUCGUCGACAGCACCCUAAGUGAUGGUAAUGGACACGGGACGCACAUCGCUGGCCUUGUCGCUGGAUCGACGGUUGGGGUAGCUCGUAAUGCGCAGAUUAUAGCAGUUAAGGUUUUGAAUGAGAAGCGGGUGGGCAGUAUUUCGAACUUUGUCAAGGCAAUUGACUGGGUGCUUCAAGACGUGCGAGAUAAUAACCGCCAAAAUGUCAUCAUCAACUACUCGGCUGUAGGUGAUCCAGAUGACACUAGGGCUGCAGCAAUCAACAAGGCCACUAAUGCAGGCUUGCUUGUGGUUGUUGCUGCUGGAAACAACGGGAAGCAGGUGUGUAAUUAUGGUCCUGCGGGCGAAGCUAGUCAGAACAGUGGCCUUAUUUCUGUGAUGGCGCUUAAUUGGACCAACACCCCCGCCAGCUUCUCCAAUUGGGGGUCCUGUGGAAGUGUGUACGCUCCAGGAGUUGAUGUGUACUCGAUUAGACCAGACUCGACCACGUCGUAUGGCUACAUGAGCGGCACUUCGAAUGCAGCCGGCUAUGUUUCGGGUCUGGCUGCGUAUCUUUGGUCGCUAUAUCCGCAGAUCAGCCGCGACGAUUUGAAAAACAUGAUCACAACUGGAAACGCCAACAAAGUUCUGAGCAAUCGCCCCGGCACGGCCAACGAGAUCGUGUGGAAUUACAUGUCUGCCUGA